GAUCUAAUCAAAAAAAAAAAAGAAAGAAAGAUCCACAUAAAAAAAAAAAUAGAAAUUGAAAGUUUCAUUUGGGGAUUGGUGGUGGAAGAGAAAGCCUGCUGGCUGAGGAGAAAUCCAGCCUUUGAGGUGGUUAAAACGGAUUUCAAAAAUCAAAAAUCUUCUAUCUAUCUAUCUUGAGAAAAACCCUUUAUUUGCUUUGGAUCUACCCAUUGAAAUUCUUGAUUUGUUCUCUUAGAACCUUUUGAGAAGAAACUUGAGUGAUUACCAUAAAAUCUGAGAAAAACACAUGAGUGGGUGAGAUUAAACAGUUGAGAGAGUGUGAGAAUUUUUAUCUAACUUUUUUGUUGAGAAUUUUCAGGUUAUGAUGUUUGGUCUCCAAAAGAAAAGUAACAAGGAGAAGCACCCACGACUUUCUGUCUCUCAAACCUCCUUUAAAUAUGCUUUGAAUACUUUUGAUGAGUUUGUUGAUGUGCAGAAAAAAACAAACAGGUGGAGCAAAGAGCAUGUCAAUACCUCCAAAGAUGUGGCUGAUCCAAAAAUGCAACCUUUUCAGUUUGAUGUCCAAGGAUUUUGUGAUAACUUUGUGAAGGGAGUUGACAAAGCCCUCAAGGAUAUCAGAAAGAGCCCAAAGAAGAGCAUAUCCACCCGUGCCCCAGUAGCUGAGCCAUCCUUGUUCAUCAGUUUGAAAACCCAAGGCUAUUGUAGAACUAACUGUUUUGCAACCGGAGCAUUCGAGUAGCUUUGAUUUGUUUCAGCAGGUUUUUAAGGAAGAGCCACUGAAUUUUCCACAUCAGUGCCCGUGUCUUGACACUUGGAUAUCUUUGGAUGAUGGUCCAGAUCCUAUGUUUGAUGAGGAGGACGAAUCUGGUCCAGUAUUUGAUGAUGAAGAAACAAGCAUCAUGUCCACCUUCAUGAAGAGCCAACUAUGCUUUGAUUCCAGCACAUCUCCUGCCCCUUUGUCUUCUGAACUUCAAGAGUACUGUGAGGAACCUUCUUUUCUUAAUUCUCUACCUGACAUGUUUGUCAAGAUCAGUACUCAUGAUGUGAUUCGUUUUGGCCUUGACAAAAUGAAAGAAUUUUGUGUUUCAAAAUCUGUUUUUGAUAACAUGAUUAAUUCUUUUAAGGUCUUUGAACCUGAUAAAUUUCUUGAUCAACCACGUUUUCAAAAUGUCAAUGGCAUUAAUUCUGGAUUUAUCUUGUGUUUUGAUCAGUUCUUAGAAGAUAGCCAUGGUUUUGAUUAUUUUGAAAAGUCUCUUGAGCUUGAUUUGAAACAAACUGUUUUCUGUUCUAAUAAAUCUUUUGAUUCAUUUGUUUUCAAAGAAAAUAGCUUUGAUCUUAACUCUUCUAGACAUAGACUGAUCACUGAUCAUUUGUUGCCAUCCUCUUGUGCCUUGAACAAAAUUCUGAUUCAGAAGUUGCUGGAAAAUAAAUCACUUAAAACUGAAAAUGAUUUUUGUGAUCUUGAUUUUUGUGAUUUUAUUUCGCAGCCUUAUCUUGUGUGUUCUAAAUAUGAUAAAACUUGGCAUCUUCUGAAAUCAUUUCGUGAUCAAUGUGUUAUCUUGAGCCUUGAUGAUAUAGUGGUGUACAACACUUUCUUUGAAAACUACCUUGAAUCUUUGAUAUUUGAUUCCAAAUCUGAACUUAAGCUUGUGUGUUCAGAUGUUGAUAAUGAUAUGCAUGUUUUGGAAAUGAUUAAUGUUGUUGCAUAUCUUGAUAAGAUUCUUGUCUGUAAUGUCUACUUUGAUUUGCAUCUUGACAGGCUGAAAAGUGUGCUACUUGUUCUUGGAAAUGAUAUCUUAAUUUUUGAUUUGAACAAGUAUCUCUCUUGCACAUUUAAUCCUGGUCUUUUAGUGUUUGUUUUGAGUAUCCAGGAAAGACAGGUUCAGCCUCUGAAUGAAAGCAUUGGCCGUGCCCAACAACCUCAGAUUUGGAGAAGCUUUGUUGUUCAAACCGGCUACCUUGGUGCCAGCAACAGAGGUUCAGUCCAAGAAGGAUAUCUCAACAGUCCGAAGGUCUUUUGUCUUGAAUCCAAUUGUACUCGAAAUCCAACUCAUCAAGGAUUCAAUGAGGCUUGGAAUCGCAUGAAAAUCUUCACGGAUGAAAAAGUUAUGAAUUUUCCAAACCAGAGGUUAUUCAAUCUAUCUAUCUGCGAGUACCAGAUUUCUAAAGGAUAUUCAUGCCCCAUAAAGAAGCGGCCUGAGCCAAAACCGAUCAUAGGGUUCCAGGUGGAUCUCCCAGCUUCUCAGAAGGACCGAAAUCAGAAGGAAUGGCUAUGGGAUCUUGAAGUUAUGAUCCAUCCACCAAAACCGGCCAUACCAAAGACAGCACUGCCUUCUUCAUUCAGCCAACAAACCAGAGAAAACCCAACAAAAGAGGCAGCAAAGUGUUCACUACAUGAAAAACAGUUGGAGCUAAUGAUCUUCCAUGACCCAAAUGUGUUUCCUCAGUCAACUUCUUGUCCAAAACAAAAACACUGUAAGGAUCAUGAGUUGAUUGCCUCCACUCUUCAUGAAAAUGUUUUGAAACCGAGAAUUUCAAAGAGAAAACAUAUUCUUACUUGGUUGAAAAACGUUUUGCUCAAACCUUUACAUGAAUUUAUUUCAUUGAGCUGUGCUUUGAAAGAGAUUUGGUGUAGGAAAGAGCAUGAACUAAAAUUGCUUAGGCCAAAGAAUUUUUUUGGUUUCGUUCAUGAUUUUUCAAAUUUGGCAUUGUCUCUUUCUUUCCAUAACAGUUUCUCACCUUGGCCUGAUUUUGAGAUUGAUAAAUCAAUUUUUGGCAACCAGCUUACUUGCUUAAUGCUUGCCCACGUCCUUGAUGAUUAUCCUAAGUGUUUGGAUCCUGUUUUUGGUGUCUUAAGGAUAGAUAAACCCUUUGAUUAUUCAUUUACCAGAUUUGAUGUGGUUUCUCUAGUUGCUUUGAAUAAACAGGAUAAGCAUGAUCUGUUUCCAAGGAGAGCAAGCACCAAUGGACGCCAAAGUUCUUGGAAUUCCGUGAUGAAAAUGGCUUCAAAACUCCAAGGAAGUUUCUGUCCAUAUUUUUCAUUCCCUGAAUUUUCCAUGAAUUUUAAUUCCUUUGUAUCUGAUUCAUCUCUUUUUGAUAUAGGUACUUUGGAUUUGAGGACAAAUCCUUUUGAAGAGGGAGAGUAUGAUGUGCCCCAGCCUAUGGACCAGUUCGAGGAAUCAGACCAGCAUGAAGAUCAGAACGUUCCAGAUGUCCCAAUUGAGGUUCACUCUUCCGACCAGACCAUACAAACCGAUCGGGCCGUGUACCGGAUCGACCCGCGAACGUUUGGAUUGGAGCUUCGGCCAGAUCCACGACCAGAUGAUCGAACUGACCGAACUGAAGCUCGUCUUUUCCAGCCAAUUCAACAUUCUAAGACUGAUAGUCGAGCCAGAUUCAACUUGGGACGAGAAGAAUCCGAAGAUGUUCACAUAUUUUCUCUUAUGGCCUUUUUGGUGCGUCCUGCGUGUCUCGAAGGCUGUCCUAAAGUUCUUGCUUCAGUGUCCGAACCUAUGAUGGAAUUUUAUCUUUCAUAUUUCACUAAAGCAUGGAUACUUGAGCUGUGCAAGGACUUGUUUCACAACAGUACACAACUUGGUUCAGCAGAUCGUCCGAUAGUUCAGUCCGUUCGUGUUAAUCAGCCGACAGGCCGUGUGGAUCGUCCUGAUCAUGUCCUGAUCCUUACACCAAGUACCAGCACGACCAGAAUGAACCUGGACAGAAGAGGAGAAGUCACUUUCACCAGUCUUCAUGAAUUUCACCAACUUUGACUCCCUUUAUUAUUUUCUAGUCAAUGUUGUCUUUUCCUAGGUUUGUAUUUUCCAUAAUUGUUUAUGGCUUUCUUUGACUACAAAUCCUAUAUAUAUGGCUCAUAAGCCACAAAAUAAAUCAGAUUGUUUUCCCCUUUGUAUGAGUUUCUCUCUUUGUUCUUUGUUAGAACAUUUCUUAGUUUCUUGGUGAGGUUAUCUCCAAGUUUCAAUCCUUCUUUUGUUGGACCGGUGCGUCAUAUCCGGCAACGAUCGAAGUCUGGUAGUAUCUUUGGGCUAUUCCGCAACCCUUAGUGUAAUAACCCUCACGAGCCAGUUAAUUUUUGGUCGAGAAAAACUCCG